GGGGUGUUGGGAUAGACAUGCCUGCUUAACUUUCACAUGGCUAAAGCGACAGUGUUUCUUUCAAAGGAACUAGGUUACCCUUACCUGUCAGCAGACCGAGUUAAACUCGGGGAGUCGGAUUGAUCACCUGGGGGAAAUAUCUCUUCUGCAUCAACCCCAUGAGUCUCCUGGAUGUGGUUACCAUGGUGAUAUGUUGCAUCCUCUUAUAAGGAGGAGGUUGCACCAGUUUAUAUGGCAGAAGACCUGGUUGGUGCACACGUUGUUUUUCUGGACUGACUUCAAUGGCAUGGCCAUAAUUUUAAUGGGAUUGAGCAAGCAGGAUACGUUUGGACAGGACUGAAUGAACUUCACUUUAUUGGUCCUUAAGAGGAAACAGAGGUCCAGAUGACCAUUAUUGACCUCAAUGUAUAAUAGAUGACAUUAAGACAGCCUUUUCUGAGUCUCAAAAAGAAGCCCCACCAGUUUGGGCCAUGGAGGAAAUACAAGCGACCGCGAAGCCCAUUGGUAUGGGUCUCCAGAUCCGGAUGUCAAACAUUCAGGCAACGUUAUACCUAAUACUGGUUGUGAUUGGGAUCCUGGGAAAUGCAAUGAUCAUUGGUGUGAUUGGCAAGGGUGUUAUCAGGGACCAAGGUGGAGGUCGCAGUUCGGACAUGAUCCUGGUGAACAUGGCCUUCUCCAACCUCAUGGUGUCCAUCACGAGGAACACCCUGUUGGUCAUAUCAGAUCAGGGAGUUGAGCUGUACUCAUCCAGAGAAUGGUGCAAGUUCCUCAUGGGCCUGUGGGUGUGGAUACGCUCCGUGAACGUGUGGUCCACCUUCUUCCUCAGCGCUUUCCAUUUCCAGACUCUCCGGCGCAUCACUCCCAUCUCGGUCAACAGAGGCCCGCCCAAAUUUGUGUUUGCUGUCUUUGCCAUCAUUUGGGUCAUCAACCUGCUGUAUGCCAUCCCUGCAUAUAUCUUCUCAACCAGUGGGGGCAGGAACUCAACAGAGACUUUAAUGUUUGUGAGCACCACCACACGCUCCCUGCUGGGCUGUAUGUGGAACUUCCCCAGCUCCUACAGUGGCCUGGCCUUUGUCACAACCUCCAUGGUGAUCCAUGAGAUUCUCCCCAUCAUCCUGAUGAGCUUCACCAACCUGGGCUCGCUGCUGACGCUCUAUGCCCACCAGAGCCCUAUCCUUCACACGCAGAGGAGCCCAGAUGCCCCCGUCAUCAGGAGAGUGCGCGCUGAGAGACGCGCUGCCAAGGUGAUUCUGGCUCUGAUCAUUCUGUUCAUCUCCUCCUGGGGUACCAAUAUCAUCUCCGUAAACUACUUCAAUUACAACCGUGGCUCAUCUACAAAUUUUCUGUUGAUCAUUGCUCGCUUUGCCAGUAGCCUCUUCAUUGCACUGUCCCCCAUUGUCCUUGCUUUUGGACACAGAAGAUUACGAGCCUUUCUGAAGGCAUUGAUCACUUACUGAAGGCUUGACCCUCGCACAGGCUAGACCCUCGCACACCAAAGAACUCCCAUCGCCAAAAUUAAAUGAAAACUACCUCUUCAAGAGCUUUCAGUGGACAUUUUGAGCUCAGCUAGUUCUUGUCUUGUUCUCACCACU